CGCGAAAUUGGAUCCAUUAAUUGGUUCUAGUCAGCAGUGCUCAGCUAACGGGAUCUGCUUGUAGGGGAAUGAGGAUGCGACACCGAGGUCGUGGGAGUUCUGAAGCCAAUCAGCAUGAAAACUGUGAGAAGGGCAUGCAUACCGUGCGGGGGUUCGAGAAUCGAGACGAAGAGCGAAAGAAGAAUGCUCGCUCCCGAGUGCGGCGGAGAGAGCGCACCUCCGAUGUCAUCUACCAUCUCGGAUCCGCUAGAGAUCAAGUCGGUCCAAUAGUCGGAAGUUGUUUGUGUCCAUGGAGCAGAGCGGACAAGAUAAAGUUUGCCAAUAUUGUUGUCAGAAGAGAAGAAAGAAGUUGCUUCUACGGACUAACUCGCUGGGAUUGGAAGUGGACGACCAAUCUUCCUUCACAGACGCUUCGUAUAACAGAGUGACAACAGCCCUGUCGGAACAGACUUCCUUCUUUGGCUUACGAGGCCUGCAAUCGAGUGAACCCGGAUCUCGUUCGAAUCCUCUAUUUACAUCAAAGCUUGGUCUUCGAUCAUACGUAGCCCGCAAUGUGCAUCUGUACGCCCAUCUGCCCCGGAUCUCGAAGUCCCGAUUUCCUUCGCAGGGGGCUGACCCCCAAACCACCAAUGAGCCACGUGGAUUUUCCAAGAGCGAACUAACGAUCGAUGCCUCCGGUCCCCGGGAAAGUCUGGAGCGCCUUUUUCAAUUUGAAAGGCGACGAACGAGGAUCGGACAGUCCGUACCGCCUUUGCCUCCUGGCUCCUGCCUUUGGGGUAUCAGAGAGAACAAGAACACAUCACCUUGAUUCGACCAAGUAGAUCAUGAGCGUUGCAAGGGGUGGAGCUGGCGUGGCAAGGCCGGCGCGGAAGAGGAACCCCACCGACCGCUACCUUGGCUGCUUCUCCAAUGUCGAACCGAGCCCGGCGCUCGAUCACCUCGUCCGCUAUCUCUCAACGUGGAGCGGCACUGACAAGGUAACUGAGCUGAGACACGGUC